AUGAUCAUAGACAAUGUCCCAAGCGAUCUCACGACCAAGUUGGCGUGUAUUCUACUCGUCCUGAUUCCGGUCGUAACAUUAUGGAGGAAUCAUUUUAAUCAUGGUCUCAACAAAUACCCCGCCCCGUUUCCCGCUUCUUUCACGAAUAUCUGGAGGUUCCUGAGUGUGAUGCAUGGAAAGCCUCAAUUCACAUUAAGAGAAUUGCAUAAAAAGCAUGGCGACAUCGUCAGGGUGGGACCCAACUCACUCUCUUUCAGCAGCCCAGAUGCCCUCAAAGCAAUCUAUGGGAUCAACCACAAACUCGGCAAGAGUGGCUUUUAUCCGGUUCAGAUGCAGAUCUCGAGAGGCGAGGUGCUUCAGUCUCUGUUUGGGACACAAGACCAGGAUUACCACAUGAGACUCCGACGAACCGUCAGCAAUGCAUUCUCGAUGACUUCACUCAUUCAAUAUGAGCCCCGGGUCAAUGAAACCGUGCGAGUCUUCCUGGCGCAGACAGAAAAGCUGUAUGCAGCUCCGGGCAAUGUCUGCAAUUUCAUCCUCUGGUUGCAAUACUUUGCCUUUGAUGUCAUCACAGAAAUCACAUACAGCAGGAGGGUCGGGUUUAUCGACAAAUGUCAGGAUGUAGACGGGAUCAUUGCUUGGCUGGGCAAGAUAUUUGACUAUCAGGCACCUGUUGGCCAGAUGCCUUGGUUAGAUAAGCUGUUCGUCAAAAACCCGGUCCGCACAAUGCUCAGCAAAUAUGGGUUCAUUGACAAUUCUUCCGGGACGGCGAUAUUCUCCAAAGCGAGAAUGGCUGAACGACUGCACGAGAUGGAGGCGAAGAGAGCCUCUGGCAAGGACGAGUUGGCGACCGAUAGCAUGGACCUCUUGAACAUGUUCUUGAAGGCGCAGAAGCAGGAUCCAGCGUUCUUUGACGACAGCCGCCUGCUCACCAUGACCACGUCAAUCGCGCUGGCUGGAUCAGACACCACGGCCAUCAGCUUGGCGGCGGUCUUCUACAACCUUCUUAAGAAUCCUCGGUGCUAUCAAAAGCUAAACGAGGAAAUCGACAGUGCCGUCAAGACCGGGUCGAUCUCCAAUGAAGGAGGCAUCAUAACUUGGGGCGAUGCACAGAAGUUACCCUAUCUGCACGCUUGCAUCCAAGAAACCUUCCGUGUCCAUCCUUCGAUUGGCCUUAUCCUUGAACGACUGACACCCCCUCAGGGACUUGAGAUUCGCGGUCAGUUCAUCCCGGGUGGGACGAUCGUGGGCUGCAACUCGUGGGUCCUCCACUACCAACGUGAGAUCUUCGGUGACGACGUCGAGGUCUACAGGCCAGAACGCUGGUUGGCGGACCCCAGUUCUCCUUCGGAUCAGUUGCGGGUGAAAGAGAUGAGUAAGACGAUGUUUCACUUCGGGGAAGGUACAAGGACGUGUCUCGGGAAGCACAUUGCCCUCCUGGAGAUGUACAAACUGAUUCCGAGUCUUCUGAGACGUUUCGAGAUCCAACUCACCACCGAUGAGGACUGGGAUCUGCACAAUGCGUGGUUCGUGAAGCCGAGGAAAUUUGAUGUGAAAAUUACUGCAAGGAAGACCAUCAACUGA